AUGGGACGCCUUAGCAAAGGCUCGCAAAGCACAACGAGGCCCAUUUUCAGGGUGCAUUAUCGCAAGCUUGUAGACGAGUACUCGCAGCAGGAACAGUUGAAGUUUAUGCCCGCAUUACCUGACUACAUGUCGUAUUGCUGUUGCCGAUGUGGUCACACUCAAAAGCUCAAAGCGGAGGAGCUGAACACCAUCGUUGGCAAUGCUUUCCGCAUGGCGUACGUGGCGCAGCUUCAGCGCCAACCGAUCCUUCAGGAUGUAAUCUCAUCGCGCUCGACACCGUCUUAUCGCAAGGACAAGCAGGAACAUCGAACGUCGUGGAACAAAUCGCUGCCCGGAGACGACACGAUCGCUGCUGCGGGCGCUUGCAGGAGUCCGUCGUCGAACUCGUGGCUGAAAAGUCGGACGUCGCCCACCUCCAAGAUUGGAAGGGGUCCGUCUGCAGCGGAUAUGAACGUGCAGCUCGGCAGCGCCGGCUCGCCCACGCUGCGACUCGCCAGCGUAAAGGCACCAAACACGAUCCCGGGUCUACGGCCGUCGUUUACGAACGUUCUCGGUCCUAUAACGAACGUGGACGAGCCGAAGAGCUUAUCCCAACAGAGCACGCCGAGCAGCGAUGAGAGCAACUCGCCAACGGAGUUGAACUCAUACAAGAGGCUAACGGACAAGCCGCCGCUGAUAAAGCGGCUGGCGAUGGGUUUGACAGGUGGACGCGACGUUCUUGGGUUGAACGGUGAGGAUGACAGCUGCCCGCUCGUCAGCGGUAGCAGUACGCCGACCAGCCCAUCGAACAGGCCCCAUUCCGGGGGCUACAUAAACGAGGCGAUCAUCGACUCGGAGGGUACGAGGCCGUCAUACAACAAGAUCCCACCGUCCGAGAGCCUCGAUAACACCAUCAACGCGUCCAUCACUAACGUGAAGAAUUUCAACAUCGAGAACAACAGGAUAGGGCACAAUUACCCGGACUCGGGCACGGAGGCAGAAUUCAAAUCGAAAAGAAGAUCGCAAAUUAGCACGUCGAGCAGUUCGGUACCCGCUGACGGAAGCACUCAUGGCUCCACGCCAACCCCGCCGCCUUUACCCGAGAGAACAGACAGCCUGAAUAAUCGAAGUGAGGAGGCCGAGCUACGCAAGGCGCCCUGGUUUCAAGCUGGUAUACCCAGAGAGAUAACGCUGGAGGUAUUGAGUCAAGAGCCAGAAGGAGCGUUCAUGGUGCGCGAGAGUACCAGCAAGCCCGGAUGUUACGCCCUCUCCCUCCGUGUGCCCCGUGAAUUCCAGCCGAGCGGAAUAGCCCAUUAUCUCAUAAUGCGUACAAACAAAGGUUACAAAAUCAAAGGUUUCACGAAAGAGUUCACGACGCUCACUGCGCUAAUCACUCACCAUUCGGUUAUGCCGGAAUUAUUGCCGUGCCCAUUGUCGCUAAGCCGAUAUAAUCCGAGCUUCGUCAAGACUGACUCCAGCAAGGAUUUCGCGGACAUCGAUUCGGACCCGGAUUACAAUACCCUAGCGGAUUUUCGCAAAAUGAUGGCCGAUCUGAAUGUCUAAAACGAUCGACUAGAAUGACUCUCCUCUCUUCUUUCUCUCCUAUACACUUUUCUAUGGUUUGUCGAUUCAUAUAAAACCAUCAGGAAGAUACCUGAGGCACCCGUUCGGUAUAUUUGUAUCUGGAUCGAUUUCGUGCCAUUGUACUGUAUGUAAAGAGCCGAAGAAUUAUCCGCGAAGAGAUUUUGCCUAAGGUAAUCGGCAACGCACAUUAAACCACGCCUAGUUAACGAAUCUAUGUUCCGAAAAGACUCGCACAGCCACCAGUGAUACAUACUCAUAAGUCAUUGAUAGCGGUAAGAAACGUAGCGUAGAUAAUUUAAUAACUAUACUAGUGUAUACGGACGCGUGACUGGAAUAGCGAUUCGAUUUUUUUUUUUUUACAUUACAGCACGUGCGCCUAGCCAGAUAUUAGUUUUAAGCUUUACACUGUAGCAAUUGACGUCUGUCGAACUUCAAUCGGAAUAAAUUAUUUUCACAAAACGUAAUAUAUGUUCGAGUGUGCUCGUUACGAAGAUUAUUAUAUUUUUGCGAGUAUAGUGUUUCUCUAAGUUAAACGCGACUGUCGAAAUCGAAUUUUGUUAUCGUUUGGAUUGCUCUCGAUAGUUGCAACAAUGCCAAACGAUUCGUAUAAUAUAUCCUUGUUAUGAAACGCGCCCAAUAGGUGCGUAAUUGGAGAAUUAAGAAGAUAAGUGGAAUAAAUUAAUUCAUGAUGAAAGU